AUGCCUUCCCCUGGGCGGUUCUCUCGCGAUGAUUCUGCAUUGGUGUCAAUUGACCUCUCACGAUCAUCAUUUGAGGGGAAAGGAUUGAAUAUCUUCACGAAUUCGGACGUGCAGGGUUAUCAAAGCGGUAUUUUCCCCAGGUCUACCGCUAGGGGAGCAGUUUCCGGGAUGAAAUCCCGGUCUAUCAGUGGGACUUCGUAUUUUUCGAUGGCGAGCACCACAAGUACAGACAAACCUGGCUUGCAUUCCUCUCAAUCAAUGCGCCAGGCGCCAGGCGUUUAUACAAACCAAUUGAGUCAAUCUUCCCAGGCGUCCGUCAUCGAAAGCGAUAGCUCUGAAGAAAAGGACUCAACCAAUCCAGCUUCAUCAACUCGAUCCACAGGUGAUCCCUUUCAUUCAUGGGGUCGUAGCUCUUCAACACAGACUCCGCGAUUGUCGCUGCAGAUGCAUGAUAGUUCAUUCACCAGAUUACCGGGUAUAUCACAAACAAACUUGACUGGGCGGUCAUCCUUCGGUUAUGCACGAGAAAACGGCAGUUCUAUUGAUGCAGCCUCUCCGGUUUCGCGAUCAUCCUUGGAUUUCGUUUUUCGUUCCAGGACGCGGACCAGCAUGGAUCCUAUCUCUCGUGCCGCUACAAUACAAGCAGCACGUCAGGCAUUUGAGGAGAAAGAAGCAGCCAAAACACGCAAGUUUGAAGAGCAGCAAUUGAGGGCAGAGGAGAGACAAAUGAAGCGCAAAGAGAGACAAAAUCCGCGCCCGCCAGUGAAAGGUGAAGAGAGCCAGGGGCGAACCUCCACCGACGUAUUGUCCGAAAAGCCGAGUGCCGUUGAAGAGCCCGAUUACUCCCCAUCCAUAUCACAGCCUAGAUCGAAUUCGGGCUCCUGGAAAUCCCAAUCUAGGAAUAGCUGGAUGCUAUUCUUGACAUGGCUACGAACUAGAAUUUUCAAGAUGCGGCGAAGGAUGCGGAGUCUAGGCUGA